GCAGUCGCCCGGACAUGGCGGACGGCGGCGCCUGGCGGCCGCCGCGCCCCUGCGAGGCCUACCGCGCCGAGUGGAAACUCUGCCGCAGCGCCAGACACUUCCUGCACCACUACUACGUCCACGGCGAACGGCCGGCCUGCGAGCAGUGGCGGCGCGACCUGGCCAGCUGCCGGGAGUGGGAGGAGCGCCGAAGCGCGGAGGCCCAGCAGUCCCUCUGUGAGAGCGAGCGUGCAAGAGUCCAGGCUACACGGAAGCAUGCCCUGGUGUGGGCCCUAAGGCAGAGCCCUCCUGCAGACUGGCACCUCCCUCUGCCACAGGACGAGAAAGACCAGUGAUGAGCACUCCUGAACGGCUUCCUCUGAUCUGUUUCAAAUGGGGCUGUCGCAAGACCCUGAGGACGGUGACGGGCCCAAACAGUCUAGUGGGUCCCUGAAGCUUCCACUCGGCUUAGAACACAGAGCCUGAGGUCUCCAGCCCUAAUUGCCCACUCCUGCUGCUGCCUUGCUCUGACACAAUUUCACCCACUGCACAGCUUCCAGGAUGCCAAACACCAUUGCAGAUCCCGGUGAGCAGCCAGGUCAGGCUGGUUCAUGCUCCCCGCUGGGGACAACAGCACUCUCAGGUAAACUCUUGAGUGAUAGCCCUGAUCCAAGUGGACACAUAGGGCGGUCAGAACGAGGUAACUAAAUGGUUGUGCUGUGGUGAACACCUGUCCUGGUCCUGGUUUGGUGACACUGUGCAUUGCCAGCCCCUGGUGCUUACACGGAGCUAUUAGCUCACUCACUAAGUUCCUCUGUGGACACAGACAGGGUGUUGCUCCUCGUAGGAUAUAGGCCCUCUUGAAGACUCUGGCUUUUAAGAAACGCACACAGCUACAGAAUACACAACCUCACGUUAAAAGGGUUCAUAGACCCUUGGCUUAAGAAACCCAAGCCCAAGACACGUGGAAUUUUAGUCUCUUUCCUUUAAAAUCUCCCUUGGUCAGUUUUAGAAAAUGUAGAUUAUAUCAAAUGCCAUUUCGCACGUUUGAUUUCAAAUAGAAGCUGAAAAUUAAAUCCACGAUUUAAUAGUUGAGAUUGUUAGAUUUAGCACCUGACAUUAUUGUGCUUGGACAGUAUUGGAAUUUUGUAUACUUAUACUCUUGUAGAUGUUUUUAAAAUAUAUGUUUAUGAACCAACAAGAACUCUACUUCUCGAAGAGGUCUUUUUUUUAUCACUAAUAAAAUGAUUUAGCAUCU